GACCAUCACCGAGACCCAGAAGGCCGAGGCCGCGGCGGAGGACGAGCACCUGGAGUUCAUGACGGCCACAGGCAAGUCUCUUGGGGAGAAGAAGGUGAUCGAGGAGCAGAAGACCACAGAGAAGGACAACGCCGAGGAGGACCUGCAGGCCGCGGACGACAAGCUGCAGUCCAACAACAACAUCCUGCAGACCUCCAUCACGGAGCUGCUCGAGCUCAAGGCCGCGUGCAUCGACACGGGCAUGAGCUACCGCGACCGCGUGGCCAACCGCGAGGACGAGAUCGAGGCUCUCAAGAAGGCCCUGUGCAUACUCGGCGCCUACGAGAAGUUCGGCCCCGACGGCGCCAGCGACGCGUGUUGGGAGGCGUUGCAAGGCUUCGCUUCCGUGAGGCUCACGGCCACGUCCGAUGAGCGCCCGGGUCCGCGCGUCUACUUCGUGGAGAGCACCUACGUCCCUCGUCGGUUUUGCGGCUCGAAGGGCAGCGAUCCAGAGGUCCUGGAGCUCGAGUCCGUUCUUUUCGGAGGAGCUGCGCGGUACCCGUGCCCGUGCUGCCUGGCGACGUGCCCGUCGCCGGCAGGCGGCGGCUCGGCGGAGGCCGCGGGCGCCGCUGGACCGCUGGCCGCGAGGGAGCUGCAGGCGCAGCUUGCGCGCAGCGGCUGCCUGGAGGACGUGCUGGCGGCGGUGCGCGGCGCCCCAGCCGCCUGGCCCGAGGUGUCGCUGGCCACCGCGUGGCACCGCCUGGCCAAGCACUCGGCCGGGCGCCCGCAGCGCUGCGGGGGGGCCUGGGAGGAGGCGGUGCGGGCGCUGCUGCUGGCGCUGGAGGCGUUCUCGGCGCGCGACCUCUCCAACGCGCUGUACGCCCUGGCGCUGCUGCGCUUCCGGGACGGGCCGCUGCUGCGGGCCAUCUUCGCCCGCGUGCCCGGGCAGCUCGAUGAGUUCAACACGCAGUGCUUGGCGAACACGGUCUACGCCAUGGCGCUGCUGCGGGUGCGCCGCGAGGCGCGCCUCCUGCGCGGCGUGUGCGGGCGCGCGGCCGGCAGGAUCGCCGAGCUGAGGCCCCAGGAGAUCUCCAACGCGGUCUACGGCUGCGGCCUCCUCCGCUUCCAGAGCCGGGCCCUGCUGCGCGCCGCCUCCGAGGACGCGCCCGGCCGGCUGGCGGGCUUCGAGGCGCAGCACCUCUCGAACAUCGUCUACGCGCUGGGGCUCGUGAGGUUUGACGAGCCCGGCUUGCCGACGGCCCUGUGCGAGGCGGCCCUCGGACGGUUGGGCGAGUUCACCGCCCAGGGGCUGUCCAACACCGCCUACGGCCUCGGGCUCCUCGGCCUCCGGCACGCGGGCCUCGUGCGCGCGCUGGCCGCCCACGUGCCCGGCCGGCUGCGGGAGCUCUCGCCCCAGAACCUCGUGAACAUCUGCUUCGCGGCGGCGGUGUGGGGCCGCCCCGAGCUGUGGGCCCGGGCCGGGGAGCCGCGGAGAGAGGCGUGGCACGAGGUGUGCAGUGGGCGCCACGAAUAA